UAUACAACCACGCUCGGGAGGAAGAGACGCACGCAUUAGUAGAAUCUUGACUUUCAUACAAAAUGGAAGCAUUAAAGAAUUCAAGCGCAUUAAAGCGCGGCGGGGUGGCCCCAAUGCCCGCCAGGAAGGGCCUCCUCGCCCCUCAAAAUACUUUCCUUGACACUAUCGCAACACGUUUCGAUGGAACCCACAGCAAUUUUGUGUUGGGAAAUGCGCAGGUUCCGACGAUCUACCCGAUUGUUUAUUGUUCCGAUGGAUUUUGUGAGCUGACAGGAUUUGCGCGAGCGCAAAUCAUGCAAAAGAGUUGCGCUUGCAAAUUUCUUUAUGGCCCGGAAACGAAGGAAGAAGAAAAGGCGAUGAUCGACAAAAGCCUCGAGAGUAAGACCGAGUUGAAGAUGGAGGUUACCUUUUACAAAAAGAGCG